AUGAUGACCUUCGAGGACCCAUCGGUCUUGGAUGAGUUUACCGCAUUGCAACUCAAGAUUCCCAUGGACUACAAGAUUGACAGCGCCGGUCGAUAUGUUUAUCUCUGCCAUAAUGAAUUUGGGCCGCUGAGAAAAGUCAGGAAUAUCCCCAAGAUUGUGGAUUUCGGAUCGGCAAUCAAGCUCAAUCCUGAUGCCAAAUGCAUUUGGCCGAUUCAACCGCAUCACUACCGGGCGCCCGAGGUAAUUCUUGGCUGUGGCUGGAACACGGGCGCAGAUGUCUGGAAUAUGGGGAUACUACUUUGGAACCUCCUCCAAGGCAGUAACCUGUACACACAGGUUUACGAUGCUCAAGGAUACUAUAAUGCUAGAUCACACCUAGCGGAGAUGAUCGCCUUGUUCGGACCCCCUCCUCCAGAAAUGCUUGCAAGGGCCCGGGAAAUGUCGAAUCAAAGGUGGUCUCCAAAGAUACGAAUGACAGACUUGUUUGAUGGUCCCUUCUUUGAUGAAGAAGGCAAGUUCCUGUAUCCGGACCUAAUUCCCGAGCGCAAACUCGCGGAUACGCUUUCCCUGCUUGAAGGUAAAGACAAAGAGGACUUUCUGGAUUUGACCAGGAAGAUGCUUGUGUGGGAUCCAACGGAGAGAUCAACGGCUGCUGAGCUGGCUGAGCACCCCGCCCUUCAAGAUGAUUGA